AUUUUUAUCUUUUUCUCACAAUCUCUCAGAAUCUUUCUCAUAAUAAUUGCAGGUGAAAAUGAGGAAGACAACAAGCUGUCCAGCUAACACACUCGAUUUUAUGGAGAAUCAUAGUCAAAAGAGCCACAGACGAGAGAAAAAUGAAAAGCAAAACGAAAAGAACGAGUAUUUUAAAUUUCUUUGGCUCGAAAGUCUUGUUUAUUGGACUUUCUGCAAGAAUUGGACAAUACCCAGGGUUUUGAUCCUUGACUAAGAGGCAUUUUAGUUUCUAUGAUCCUACAUCUCAAAAGAUGUAUUUUUCAUUCUUUUUAUGUUCCCAAGUGUUUUAUAAACAUCAUAAGAUUCUUUAUUCAGUAUGACCUUCACACAGCUUCACUAAUACAUUACAUUACAUGAUUUUUCAAGGAGACGCGUUGUAUGCUUUGAGGACUUCACUUAAUGCUUCAGCCAAUCAGCUCCAGGAUUGGAAUCCCAAUCAAGUGACUCCCUGCACUUGGUCGAAAAUUACGUGCGGCGCAAAUAACAGUGUAAUAUCAGUGGUCCUGCCUUAUUUGGGAUUCUCUGGAACCAUGUCACCAAGAAUAGGGGAACUAAAGGCACUUACGACACUCGACUUGCAAGGAAAUGGCAUAACUGGUGAACUACCCAAAGAGAUUGGAAAUUUGACAAGCUUGAGUAUGUUGAAUCUCGAGAAUAACCAGUUAAUUGGAGAAAUACCGUCUUCCCUCGGAAAUCUCCGGAAGCUCACAUUUCUGGUUUUGAGUCAAAAUAAUCUUUCCGGAUCAAUUCCAGAAUCACUUGCGAGUCUUCCAAACUUGACAGACGUCCAAAUUGAUUCAAAUAAUCUCAGUGGGAAAGUACCUGAGCAGUUGUUUGAGGUUUCCAAAUAUAAGUAUUCAUUUGAGUUUGCUUCUUUCAGUUUGUCCGGGAACCAUUUGGAUUGUGGAAUCAAACCUUUUCCAUCUUGUGAAUCUAUACAUGCAGGUCGCAAACGUAAACCGAAGAUCAAUAUGAUAGUCGGAAUUACCGUUUCACUUGGGGUUAUUCUCAUACUUGGAAGUUACCUCGUAUUCAUUUGGUGGAAGGGCGGGAAAAGAGGCCUUAGGGGAGACGUUUAUGUUGAUGUUUCAGGUGAAAUUGACCGGAGAAUCGAAUUCGGUCAACUAAAGAGAUUUUCCUGGCGGGAACUGCAACUUGCUACGGACAACUUUAGCGAAGUCAAUGUUCUCGGGCAAGGUGGAUUCGGGAAGGUAUACAAAGGGGUUCUUUCAGAUGGCACAAAAAUUGCCGUGAAGCGCUUGAUGGAUUACAAGAACCCAGGUACCGAAACAGCUUUUCAGCGAGAAGUCGAGAUGAUAAGUGUUGCCAUCCACAGAAACCUUUUAAAGCUCAUCGGCUUUUGCACUACCCCUACCGAGCGCCUCUUGGUUUACCCUUUCAUGCAGAACUUGAGCGUCGCAUCUCGCCUCCGAGAUCUUAAACCGGGCGAGCCCGUUCUGGACUGGUCGACCAGAAAACGAGUGGCGCUUGGCACGGCCCGCGGGCUCGAGUACCUUCACGAACAAUGCAAUCCAAAAAUCAUCCAUCGCGACGUGAAAGCCGCGAAUGUUUUGCUCGACGAGGAUUUCGAAGCUGUCGUGGGCGAUUUCGGGCUGGCCAAAUUGGUGGACGUGAGAAAAACGAACGUCACUACUCAAGUGCGCGGGACAAUGGGCCACAUUGCCCCCGAGUAUCUUUCCACCGGGAAAUCAUCUGAGAAAACGGACGUGUUUGGGUUUGGGAUGAUGGUUUUGGAGCUCGUGACCGGGCAAAGGGCUAUAGAUUUCGGUCGGUUGGAGGAGGAAGACGAUGUUUUGUUGCUUGACCAUGUGAAGAAGCUGCAGAAGGAGAGAAAAGUGGAAGAGAUUGUGGACCCUAAUUUGGGUAAGAAGAGUGAUGAUGUGAUGAAUGAGGUAGAGAUGAUGAUUCAGGUGGCUUUGCUGUGCACUCAGGGGAUGCCGGAAGAUCGGCCGGUUAUGUCUGAGGUUGUGAGGAUGUUGGAAGGUGAAGGUCUGGCGGAGAGGUGGGAGUUGUGGGAGAAUACGGAAGUGAGGAGGAGGGUAGAAUACGAGAGGUUGCAGAGGAGGAUCGAUUGGGGUGAGGACUCGGUUGGGAUGCUGGACGCUGUCGAGUUAUCUGGCGGCCGAUGACGGGUUCUGCUUAUAAGCAUUUCUCUUUCUUUCUCUCUUGAUAUAUCAUGAAUUCUUGAUUGUUAACCUUCUUUGGUUCAUCAAUAAGUGUAUGUCUACCAUCUGCAUGUAUUUCUCUCUCUCUCUCUUUUUUU